AUGGAAGACAAGAUUGAACCCCACAUCCACCAUGAAGGCGACGAGGGAGAAAUCGAAACCAAGGUCGUUGGCGGCCACGAAGCUUUCCAGAAAGCCAUGAUCCAAGACCCCCCUUACGCCUGGUCCAGAGGCCAACUCUUCAUCUACCUCUUUUCCCUCGUCGGCUUCCUCUGCAGCACGAUGAACGGCUACGAUGGCUCGUUGAUUAAUAAUCUCCUUCAAAACCCCUGGUUUCGGGAAAAACAUGGUGUCGACAACAGCGGUAUCUGGGCGGGCAUCGUGUCUUCCAUGUACCAGAUUGGUGGCGUGGUUGCGCUGCCCUUCGUCGGACCCGUCAUCGAUGGGUUUGGCCGACGCUGGGGUAUGUUUUCUGGUGCAGCCCUCAUCAUCGUUGGCACCGUGAUUCAGGGCCUUUCGCAUAAUGCCGGUGGGUUCAUGGGUGGACGAUUCCUCCUUGGUUUUGGGGUGUCAAUUGCAGCAUCUGCUGGGCCCAUGUAUGUUGUAGAGCUGAAUCAUCCGGCAUACCGUGGACGUGUUGGAGCCAUGUACAACACUCUCUGGUUCUCUGGAGCCAUUGUUGCCGCCGGCUCUGCCCGUGCUGGCCUCAAUACUGGAGGCGAUUACUCCUGGAGACUCAUCACCUGGCUCCAGGCUCUUUGCUCAGGCCUCAUCAUGAUAACCAGUCUGUUCUUGCCCGAGUCGCCCCGUUGGCUGUAUGUCCACAACAAGCUGGACGCCGCCAAGUCCGUCCUCACACAUUAUCACGGCAAUGGAAACCCAGACUCCCCUUGGGUGAAGUUGCAGCUGUCCGAGUACGAAGAGGCACUGAACAUGGACGGCGCCGACAAGCGCUGGUGGGACUAUCGUGUUCUCUUCAGAGACCGCGCUGCGGUGUACCGCCUGUGCUGCAACAUGGCAGUAUCCAUCUUCAGCCAGUGGGCUGGAAACGCCGUCUUGUCCUACUUUCUGGGUGCUGUCCUCGACACGGCUGGGUACACGGGCACGAUCGAGCAGGCAAACAUCACCUUGAUCAACUACUGCCAGCAAUUUGCGUUUGCUAUUCUCGGUGCCUGCCUGGUUGACAGACUCGGCCGCCGACCCCUACUGAUCUUCUCGUUCGCUGCUUGCACUGUGGUCUGGCUGGGCAUGACGAUUGCGUCGUCCGAGUUUGCCAAGUCAUAUGUUGGAGAUGAUUCCAAAGGCGACCCGACCUACACCAAUCAAGCAGCUUCCAAGGCGGCUUUGGCUUUGGUGUUUAUCUUCGGCGCGGUUUUCUCGUUCGGAAUCACCCCUCUGCAGGCGCUUUAUCCCGUCGAGGUUCUCUCAUUCGAGAUGCGAGCCAAGGGCAUGGCGUUUUCCAAUUUGGCGGUUAAUGCUGCUGGACUGCUGAACCAGUUUGCAUGGCCGGUGGCGAUGGACAAGAUUGCGUGGAAGACGUAUAUCAUCUUUACCAUCUGGGAUCUCGUUCAAGUGGUGCUGAUCUACAUCUACCUACCCGAGACCAAGGGCCAUACUCUGGAGGAACUUGACGAGAUUUUUGCGGCUCAAAACCCGGUCAAGGCGUCAACCCAGAAGAAGGUGCUUGCUGUUCACAAGGACGGUGGUGUGGUCAACUUGGAGAAGGUGUAG